AUGAGCUUCACGCUCCACCCAGUUUUCUUCACCCUGAAGCUGAGUAUCAUGCUGGGCUCCCUGCUGGGGCUGUGCCUGGGCCUGGAGUUCAUGGGCCUUCCCAACCAAUGGGCCCGCUACCUCCGCUGGGAUGCCAGCACACGCAGCGACCUGAGCUUCCAGUUCAAGACCAACGUCUCCACUGGGCUGCUCCUCUACCUGGACGAUGGCGGUGUCUGUGACUUUCUUUGCCUAUCUCUGGUGGACGGCCGUGUGCAGCUCCGCCUCAGCAUGGACUGCGCUGAGACCACCGUGCUGUCCAACAAACAGGUGAACGAUAGUAGCUGGCACUUCCUCAUGGUGAGCCGUGACCGCCUGCGCACUGUGCUGGUGUUGGAUGGUGAGGGCCGGUCAGGGGAGCUGCAGGCCCAGCGGCCCCACAUGGAUGUCGUCAGUGACUUGUUCCUCGGCGGAGUCCCUGCUGAUAUAAGGUCUUCUGCCCUGACCCUUGAUGGAGUACAGGCCAUGCCCGGCUUCAAGGGAUUAAUCCUGGAUCUCAAGUAUGGCAACUCGGAGCCUCGGCUGCUGGGGAGCCAAGGUGUCCAUGUGGAUGCCGAGGGACCCUGCGGUGAGCGUCCUUGUGAAAAUGGUGGGAUCUGCUUCCUCCUGGAUGGCCACCCUACCUGUGACUGUUCUACCACUGGUUAUGGCGGCAAGCUCUGCUCAGAAGAUGUCAGUCAAGGUCCAGGCCUCUCCCACCUCAUGAUGAGUGAACAAGCUCGGGAGGAGAAUGUGGCCACUUUCCGCGGUUCCGAAUACCUGUGCUACGACCUGUCUCAGAACCCGAUCCAGAGCAGCAGUGAUGAAAUCACCCUCUCCUUUAAGACCUGGCAGCGAAACGGGCUCAUCCUGCACACGGGCAAGUCGGCUGACUAUGUCAACCUGGCUCUGAAGGAUGGUGCGGUCUCUUUGGUCAUUAACCUGGGGUCCGGGGCCUUCGAGGCCAUUGUGGAACCAGUAAAUGGAAAGUUCAACGACAACGCCUGGCAUGAUGUCAAAGUGACACGCAACCUCCGACAGGUGACAAUCUCCGUGGAUGGCAUUCUCACCACGACGGGCUACACUCAAGAGGACUACACCAUGCUGGGCUCAGAUGACUUCUUCUAUGUGGGAGGAAGCCCCAGCACUGCUGACUUGCCUGGCUCACCCGUUAGCAACAACUUCAUGGGCUGCCUUAAAGAGGUUGUGUAUAAGAAUAAUGACAUCCGUCUGGAGCUGUCUCGCUUGGCCCGGAUUGGAGAUACCAAGAUGAAAAUCUAUGGUGAAGUGGUGUUCAAAUGUGAGAAUGUGGCCACACUGGACCCCAUCAACUUUGAGACCCCAGAGGCUUACAUCAGCUUACCCAAGUGGAACACCAAGCGUAUGGGCUCCAUCUCCUUUGAUUUCCGCACCACUGAACCAAAUGGCCUGAUCCUCUUCACUCACGGAAAGCCCCAGGAGAGAAAGGAUGCUCGGAGCCAAAAGAACACUAAAGUCGACUUCUUUGCCGUGGAACUUCUUGAUGGCAACCUGUAUUUGCUGCUUGAUAUGGGUUCAGGUACCAUCAAGGUGAAAGCCACACAGAAGAAAGCCAAUGACGGGGAAUGGUACCAUGUGGACAUUCAGCGAGAUGGCAGAUCAGGUACUAUAUCCGUGAACAGCAGGCGCACUCCGUUUACCGCCAGUGGGGAGAGUGAGAUCCUGGACCUAGAAGGAGACAUGUACUUAGGCGGUCUGCCCGAGAACCGAGCUGGCCUCAUCCUCCCCACCGAACUCUGGACCGCCAUGCUCAACUAUGGCUACGUGGGCUGUAUCCGUGACCUCUUCAUCGAUGGGCGCAGCAAGAAUAUCCGGCAACUGGCAGAAAUGCAGAAUGCUGCGGGCGUGAAGUCUUCCUGUUCCCGGGUGAGCGCCAAGCAGUGUGACAGCUACCCCUGCAAGAACAAUGCGGUGUGCAAGGACGGCUGGAACCGCUUCAUCUGUGACUGCACUGGCACCGGCUACUGGGGAAGAACCUGCGAAAGGGAGGCUUCCAUCCUGAGCUAUGAUGGCAGCAUGUACAUGAAGAUCACCAUGCCUACAGUCAUGCACACGGAGGCAGAGGAUGUGUCCUUCCGCUUCAUGUCCCAGCGAGCUUACGGGCUGCUGGUGGCCACCACGUCCAGGGACUCCGCCGAUACUCUGCGCCUGGAGCUGGAUGGAGGACGUGUCAAGCUCAUGGUGAACCUAGACUGUAUCAGGAUAAACUGUAACUCCAGCAAAGGGCCCGAGACCCUGUACGCGGGGCAGAAGCUCAAUGACAAUGAGUGGCACACCGUUCGCGUGGUGCGAAGAGGAAAGAGCCUUAAGCUGACAGUGGAUGAUGACGUGGCCGAGGGUACGAUGGUGGGAGACCAUACCCGAUUGGAGUUCCACAAUAUUGAAACUGGGAUCAUGACAGAGAAGCGUUACAUCUCGGUUGUGCCCUCCAGUUUUAUUGGCCACCUGCAGAGCCUCAUGUUCAAUGGUUUGCUCUAUAUUGACUUGUGCAAAAACGGUGACAUUGAUUACUGCGAACUGAAGGCUCGUUUUGGAUUAAGGAAUAUUAUUGCUGACCCUGUCACCUUCAAGACCAAGAGCAGCUACCUGAGCCUUGCCACCCUCCAAGCCUAUACCUCCAUGCAUCUCUUCUUCCAGUUUAAGACCACGUCAGCUGAUGGCUUCAUUCUCUUCAAUAGCGGGGAUGGAAAUGACUUCAUUGCAGUUGAACUGGUCAAGGGGUACAUACACUAUGUGUUUGACCUUGGAAAUGGCCCCAAUGUAAUUAAAGGCAAUAGUGACCGCCCUCUGAAUGAUAACCAGUGGCACAAUGUCGUCAUCACCCGGGACAACAGUAACACCCACAGCCUAAAGGUGGACACCAAAGUGGUCACCCAGGUUAUCAAUGGUGCCAAGAACCUGGAUUUGAAAGGUGACCUGUACAUGGCGGGGCUGGCUCAAGGCAUGUACAGCAACCUGCCAAAGCUUGUGGCCUCGCGGGAUGGUUUUCAAGGCUGUCUGGCCUCCGUGGACUUGAAUGGGCGCCUACCAGACCUCAUCAACGAUGCCCUCCAUCGGAGCGGACAGAUCGAGCGGGGCUGCGAAGGACCCAGUACAACCUGCCAGGAAGAUUCGUGUGCCAACCAGGGGGUCUGCAUGCAGCAGUGGGAAGGCUUCACUUGUGACUGUUCCAUGACUUCUUACUCUGGCAACCAGUGCAAUGAUCCUGGAGCUACGUACAUCUUUGGGAAAAGUGGUGGCCUCAUCCUCUACACCUGGCCAGCCAAUGACAGGCCCAGCACACGCUCUGACCGCCUUGCAGUGGGCUUCAGUACCACAGUGAAAGAUGGCAUCUUGGUCCGCAUCGACAGUGCUCCGGGACUUGGUGAUUUCCUGCAGCUUCAUAUAGAACAGGGGAAAAUCGGAGUUGUCUUCAAUAUUGGCACAGUUGAUAUCUCCAUCAAAGAAGAGAGAACCCCCGUAAAUGAUGGCAAAUACCACGUGGUCCGCUUCACCAGAAACGGUGGCAACGCCACGCUCCAGGUGGACAACUGGCCGGUGAAUGAGCAUUACCCCACAGGCAACACUGAUAAUGAACGCUUCCAAAUGGUAAAACAGAAAAUCCCCUUCAAAUAUAACCGACCAGUAGAGGAGUGGCUGCAAGAAAAAGGCCGGCAGUUAACCAUCUUCAACACCCAGGCGCAAAUAGCCAUUGGUGGGAAGGACAAGGGACGUCUCUUCCAAGGCCAGCUCUCUGGGCUCUAUUAUGAUGGUCUGAAAGUACUGAACAUGGCAGCUGAGAACAACCCAAAUAUUAAAAUCAAUGGAAGUGUCCGGCUGGUGGGAGAAGUCCCAUCAAUCUUGGGAACAACACAGACAACCUCGAUGCCACCAGAAAUGUCUACCACUGUCAUGGAAACCACCACUACAAUGGCUACUACCACAACCCGCAAGAACCGUUCUACUGCCAGCAUUCAGCCAACAUCAGAUGACCUUGUUUCAUCUGCUGAAUGUUCAAGUGAUGAUGAAGAUUUCGUUGAAUGUGAACCGAGUACAGAUAAGAGUCUUUCCACUUCAAUCUUCGAAGGUGGCUACAAAGCGCAUGCGCCCAAGUGGGAAUCCAAGGACUUUAGAUCUAACAAAGUCUCCGAGACUAGUAGGACUACUACCACACCUUUAUCCCCUGAGCUGAUCCGCUUCACAGCUUCCUCCUCGUCUGGGAUGGUGCCCAAAUUGCCAGCUGGCAAAAUGAAUAACCGUGAUCUCAAACCCCAGCCUGACGUAGUCUUGCUUCCGUUGCCCACUGCCUAUGAGCUAGACAGCACCAAACUGAAGAACCCACUAAUUACUUCCCCCAUGUUCCGUAAUGUGCCCACAGCAAACCCCACGGAGCCGGGAAUCAGACGGGUUCCGGGGGCCUCAGAGGUGAUCCGGGAGUCGAGCAGUACAACAGGGAUGGUCGUCGGCAUUGUGGCUGCUGCCGCCCUCUGCAUCCUCAUCCUCCUGUACGCCAUGUACAAGUACAGGAACAGGGACGAGGGGUCCUAUCAAGUGGAUGAGACGCGGAACUACAUCAGCAACUCGGCCCAGAGCAACGGCACGCUCAUGAAGGAGAAGCAGCAGAGCUCCAAGAGCGGCCACAAGAAACAGAAAAACAAGGACAAGGAGUAUUACGUGUAACCGUCACGACACCGAGGCGCGCUGCCUCCCCGACGGCGGCGUUCUCUCUCAACAAGCGAAGGACUCUGACCAGGAGUUUUUACAGAUGUCACAACUGUGCUAACUAGGAGACGGGGUAUACCAUCACUUUGGUGGGGAAAAAUCCAUUUCUUCACGGGACGCACUCACAGAUGUCUCUCUACAGUGCAGCCAGGGCUGCGCAGGUGCAGCAGCAGCCGGGAGACAGCUCAUUCUGUCCUGCUGUGACACAAAGCACACACUUAGCGCCCUGGAGCAAGCCGAUGGCUCCUCUGCUUUCCCAGACUGGGAAGCUUCCUUCUCACCAGGACCUUUUGCAAAAGGAACAAGACUUCCUGGCUCACUUGUCCCAUAACUCCGAGUGGGCCUGUAAUGUUCGUGAAGCUUGACUGUAACCAUGUUUUCUCUUUCUGUUUCAUUAUGUAAAAAUAAACAAUUUAAAAAAUUUAAAAAAAAUAACAAAAUUCCAACAAAAUGAAAUUAAAAAAAAAAAAAACUAUACACAACCUUUAUCUGGUUCUGGCUAGUGUGCGUGUAACUUUUCAAGAUCUGAGGGGAAAAAAUGGCUUUUGGGUUUGUUCGUUUAUUUAUUUUUUUUUUUGAAUGACUGGAUGUAAGUAAAAAUGAAAAAA